AUGAAGCGCAAGCGCUUGCGCCCAUACAACUGGUCGGCCAAGCUGCACGUCUGGAAGGCGUCAGGCGAGGAGCUCGUCGCCCUACCUGUGAGAGAGUUGAAUGAUGUGCGAGCCUUGAAGACGCACCUGCAGCAGAUAUGCGGCACGCCAAGAUUCCAGCAAAGACUCUUACAUGGCAGCGCCUGUUUGGAUGAUGCCGACAGACUGGUCGAGCCCAUCGACAUACAACUGGUACUGCUUCCUCUCUGCACCGCCUCGAAGGCCGAAGAGGCCGAGCUCAUGACCGCAGCUCGAGAAGGCAAGGCCUCGGAGGUGGAAGCCAUCUUGAAUCGACCACAGAACCCGGACUUGCAACUUGCCAAUCGUUGGGAAGUUGGACCUCUCCACAUUGCAGCCCGAAGGAACCAUGUGGACGUGAUCCAGCUCUUGCUCGAAGCUCGUGCUGACAUAGACGGUUUCUGUGGAGAUGAGACUUCUUUGGCUAUGGCCUCGGCGGCAGGCCAUGUCGAAGCCGCGCACGCUUUGUCGGAGGCUGGGGCGAAGCUCGACAAAGGGAGAAACGGCAUGACGCCGCUGCGAUUGAGUAUCGAGCGGGGGCAUGUAGAGGUUGUGCGAGUCCUCCUGGUAGCCCGGGCUAAUUCAAGCAAAGUCGCCCACGGCGAGACGCCUCUAAUCCAGGCAUCUCGCCUAGGUGAGGAGAAAAUCGUUGGCUUGCUGCUCGAGAGCAGGGCCCACAUGAAGAAGUCCAACUGCUACCAUCAGCCGUUAAUGUCGCCUCUCGGCUGGGCAUGUCAGCUUCCACAUACGCAGAUUGCACGUAUGUUGCUAGAAGCAGGGCUGAACAAGGAUGAUGUGUGCACACUCGACCAGCAGACGCCUCUUGGGGUGGCGGCCAGACUGGGCCACUUGCAGAUCGUGCGUGUGCUACUGGAAGCCGGUGCCGACAAGGAGAAGGUUUGCGAAAGGGCCGGCAGAACACCUUUUGGUGUUGCCUUGGUGCAAGGCCAUGUCCAGGUCGUGCGCUUACUUCUGGAGGCCAAUGUUGACCAAGACAAAGGAUGUGGAGACUUCUGCGGUGCCACGCCUCUCGGCGUGGCCUGCCGGCUGGGCCACGUGGAGACGGCACGUGUGCUACUGAAGUUUCACGCGGAGAAAGAGCAGGCAUGUGGCUAUCAAGGCUUGACGCCUUUGGCCUUAACAUGCAGAUUCGGACAUGCAGAGGUGGCACGAGUUCUCCUGGAGUUUGGUGCAGAAACAGAGCGCCUGUCUGGACAUAACUCUGAGACGCCGCUCGUCCUGGCAUGCAAGCAUGGUCACCCAGAGGUUGCACGUGUACUGUUGGACGCAGGGGCCGACAAGAGCUUUCCUUGCGGCCCUCGCCGAUUAACACCUCUAGGAGCAGCUUCCGGCGAAGGUAACGUGGAGUGUGUGCGCCUGCUACUCCAUGCCAGAGCCAACAGCCAGAGUGCUUGUAGAGAGGAUGGCGAGACCCCUUUGAGCGUGGCGGCCAUCAGAGGUGACGAGAAUAUCGUGCACCUUCUGCAGCAGGCACACUCCGAUUGA